AAGAGGAAGAAGAGGAAGAGAUCCAUUUACCGUAUUACAAUCAUUGGUCAUCUUCUGAAGAGGACGAGGAACAAGAAUUUGACUAUACAAACAUGCGUACAAGUGAAGAGGAGACACUACUGGAUAGUGAAGGCAAUUUGUACGACACGAUUGCAGCUGCAUUUAUGCAGGUCAUGGCAUCUCAGCCAGAUCCUAAUACAACAACAACAGGUACCAAUACGCCUGUAAUGGGUGUAGAAUACCACCCCUUAUCAGCCUUUGAACUUACUCAUGCACUUAAUACUGCGUUACAUCAUGACGGCAUUUCACGAAGGCCUUCUUUACCAAGCAGUACAGUAUCUGCUGCACAACGAUAUCGGGGAUCGCAAGAUUUUUCAACUUCAGAAGCACUAAGUGCACUUGUCUCUAAUGAUUUAUCAUUGGCUGCUUUAGAACCCAUCCAAGAAGAACCUUUGAUAGAAGAAAAACCAAUACAGUCGAGUACACAUUAUAUAGAAGCAUUGGCAACCAAUAUGCUAUUAGAACAAACCAAACGAAAAGCAAAUACAUUACCUGCAGGACAAGAAAAAAAGAAAAAAAUGAGGUCUGAUGAACCUGCUUCUCCGGCUGCUAUUAUUGACGAAUUAGAAGACAUGAUCAAGGAGGAAGAACAAGUCUCCAUGGAUGAUUUAGUAGACACCUCUCAACUCUACAAUAGAUCGCCUUCACCUGAUUAUGAACAAGAUGAACAUUAUUCUCGAGAUCUAAGUCGAUGGCAGCGUAUCCCCAUUGGUGCUUUUCGCUUAAUGCGAUCCAAAAACAAGCUAUGGCUUGAACGAUAGUAGUAAUA